UAUCAGUUUAAACAUGUACAUAAAGGUAGUUUAAACAGAUAAAGCCACAUGUGUGUAUUGAUUAGACUUAUAACUCUUUAUCAAAAAUAUUCAAAGAGUAUCUAGAAAAGAAGGUAUAACCAACCUAAGACAUCAAGAACAGAAAAUGCUAAGGCUAAGAGACUUCACAAACAAGACAAAGGACUGUGAUGCAACAAUAAGAGUAGAGAACAAAGAAUUAUUUGUUUCCACUGCAGUCUUGAGCAUUGCUUCUCCUGUGUUUGCUGAAAUGUUUGAACAACAACCUACAAAAAUACUGGAGUUACCUGGGAUUGAAUACAACCAGUUUACAGAGUUUCUGAAAUGCAUCUAUCCUGAUAUAAUGCAAGAUAUAACAGAAACAACUGCCUACUGGAUCCUGCCACUUGCUCACAAAUAUAAGUUACAUGUACUUCAGGAAAAAUGUGUCAAUCUGAUUGUUAAGAUCAUCCAGAGAGAUCACACAAAAAAUGCUGAACAACUGUAUCGGCACAUAAAACUUUCCGAACUCUAUGAUGUCCAAGAAUUUGAAAUAUGUGUUGAAAUGGUGUCAGAAUGUAAACUACACAUGAUGGAAGAAGCAAACAAGAAAUACCCUAUAUUACCAAAUACAAAUGUAACAAUACUAAAACUGGCAUUAAGAAAGCUUGAGAUUGCUAUGGAAGAUGCAAUGGUCUGUGAAUUGCAUAUCAACAAAGACACCUUACAGACUUGGAUUAGAAGAAAUUUACUGGAUUCUUCAACUCAACAAGGCCAAACUGUACAGGAUCUAGGUAUAGGGUACCUGAAAGCGCUUAGACUGAUUAAUAAUCACAGUUUAGAUGACUACCUGAGGCAUAAAACCAUUAGAAAACUUAAAUCUCUAGAGGAAUACAAGUCAGUAGAAGAAUACAACUUACUUCCAUCUGACCUUAAAAAGAGUGUAGAACAGUUUAACAGUACAAAAGUUUGGUGGUAAAGAUCACAACUAUUUAAGGUUGAGUUACUUUCUUCUGAUUGUUGACUGUAAACUUAUUACAGAAGAAAACAUUGCACUUGUAAUUGUGAUUUAAAUGUUUGGCAAAGUAUAAGAGAUGGAAAAGUGAAUUUGCAGAGGAAUCUGUAAAGUUAUCAUUUUGA